AUGAAGAUUAUCACAUGGAACUGCCAAGGUGCAGCGUCUAAGCAAUUCCUUAGAGCUGCAAAGUAUUUGUUGAACGAGCACAGACCGGAAAUUUUCUGUUUAAUGGAAACUAAGACCUCUAGCACUAAUGCGGAUGCAGUGUGCAGCAGGCUUGGUCUUGACAGAUGGGCAAGGGUAGAAGCCCUUGGGUAUAGUGGUGGAAUCUGGAUUUUAUGGUCGGACGCACUAAAGCUGGAAAUUCUUCACUCUAAUCCCCAGUUCGUGCACCUUCUUAUCAAGGAAAAUUCGGGUAGACAAUGGAAUUUUUCGAUGGUUUAUGGGAGCCCUUCCCUCCACCUUCGCCGGCGACUUUGGAGAGCCCUUAGCAGGAACAAAGUGCAGGUGAACCACCCUUGGCUCAUUACGGGCGACUUUAAUGCAAUAGUAAGUAAUGAAGAAUGUUCUAAUCCCAGUAACCCGGGAGCCCAUAGGAACGGUGACUUUAGAAAUUGGAUUUUUGACGAAGCGCUGAUCGAUCCUGGGCUUACUGGGCAAAGAUUUACCUGGUAG